AUGGAGGCUCUGCAACGGCGCGGGCGCCACAGCCGGUCAGUCCUGCUUUUUAUGCUCCUGGGGACGCUGUUGGGGGCCGGAGCCCGGGCCGGGCCAAUCCAUUACUCCAUCCCUGAAGAGCUGGACAAAGGCUCCUUCGUGGGCAAUAUUGCCAAAGAUCUCGGGCUGGAGACCAAGGAACUGGCAGAGCACGGAGUCCGCAUCGUCUCCAGAGGUAGGACGCAGCUCUUUGCUCUGAAUCCGCCAAACGGCAGCUUGGUCACCGCGGGCAGGAUAGACCGGGAGGAGCUCUGCGCUCAGAGCCCCCGAUGUCUGGUGAGUUUUAACAUCCUCAUUGAGGACAAACUGAAUCUUUAUCCCAUAGAAGUGGAAAUAGUGGAUAUUAAUGAUAAUACACCCAAAUUCUUAAGAGAAGAAUUAGAAGUGAAAAUUCUCGAAAGCGCAGCCCCAUCUUCUCGUUUUCCACUAGUGGAGGUCUCUGACCCCGAUGUGGGAAUGAACUCUCUUCAGGGCUUCAAGCUCAGCAAAAAUAGUCACUUCUCUGUGGAUGUACCAAGUGAAGCUGAUGGGCCCAAAUACCCAGAGCUGGUGCUGGAGCGUGCUCUGGACCGGGAGGGAGAGUCUAUUCAUCACUUGGUUCUUACUGCCAUGGAUGGUGGUGACCCUGUCCGUUCAGGCAUGGCUCGAAUUCUAGUAACUGUCCUAGACGCGAAUGACAAUGCUCCAGUGUUUACUCAGCCUGUCUACCUUGUGAGUGUUCCUGAAAAUCUGCCAAUAGGUACACCACUGUUGUCAGUAAAUGCCACCGACCAGGAUGAAGGAGUUCAUGCAGAAGUAACAUAUUCCUUUGUGAGGAUAACAGAAAAGAUCUCAAAGAUUUUCUGCUUGAAUGUUUUCACUGGAGAAAUAUCAAUUUCUGCAAAUCUAGACUAUGAGGACUCCAGCUUUUAUGAGCUGGAUGUUGAAGCCCGGGAUAGGUCAGGUCUACAAGACAGAGCAAAAGUCUUAAUAACUGUCUUGGAUGUGAAUGAUAAUGUACCAGAAGUGGUAGUCACAUCUGGAAGCAAGUCAAUUGCGGAAAGUACGCCUCCAGGAACGGUAAUCGCUCUUUUCCAAGUAUAUGAUCGUGACUCCGGACUGAAUGGCCUGGUAACAUGUUCCAUCUCAAGAAGUCUGCCAUUUGAGCUGGAAAAAUCAGUGGACAAUUAUUAUCGAUUAGUGACCAAUACAAUUCUAGAUCGAGAACAGGUAUCCCUAUACAACAUCACUGUGACAGCCACAGACAAAGGAGUGCCCCCUCUGUCUACAGAAACGUUCAUCUCUCUAAAUGUGGCAGACACUAACGACAACCCACCUUCCUUUCCCCACUCCUCCUACUUUGUCUAUGUCCCUGAGAACAACCCCAGAGGCGCCUCCAUCUUCUCUGUGACUGCCCACGACCCCGACAGCAAUGAGAAUGCCCGGGUCACCUACUCCCUGGAUGAAGACACCAUCCAGGGUGUGCCUCUGUCCUCCUAUGUCUCCAUCAACUCUGACACGGGUGUCCUGUAUGCACUGCACUCCUUCGACUAUGAGCAGUUCCAUGACUUGCAGUUGAGAGUGACUGCACAUGACAGCGGGGACCCACAACUCAGCAGCAACGUGUCACUGAGUCUGUUAGUGCUGGACCAAAACGACAAUGCGCCAGAGAUCCUGUACCCCACCAUCCCCACCGACGGCUCCACAGGCGUGGAGCUGGCACCUCGCUCCGCAGAACCUGGCUACCUGGUGACCAAGGUGGUAGCUGUGGACAGAGACUCAGGCCAGAAUGCCUGGCUGGCCUACCGCCUGCUCAAGGCGAGCGAGCCAGGGCUCUUCGUGGUGGGGCUGCACACGGGCGAGGUGCGCACUGCUCGGGCCCUGCUGGACAGAGAUGCGCUCAAGCAGAGCCUGGUGGUGGCUGUUCAGGACCACGGCCAGCCUCCUCUCUCGGCCACGGUCACGCUCACCGUGGCCGUGGCUGACAGCAUCCCAGACGUUCUGGAAGACCUGGGCAGCCUAAAGGUUCCUCACAACCCUGACGCCUCAGGCCUCACAUUGUAUCUGGUGGUGGCGGUGGCUUCGGUUUCCUGUGUCUUUCUCGCCUUUGUCAUUGUGCUGCUGGUACUUAGGCUGAAGCACUGGCACAAGUCGCGCAGGCUGCAGGCUUCCGGAAGUGGGUUGGUGGGCGUGCCCGCCUCGCACUUUGUAGGUGUGGAUGGGGUGCAGGCUUUCCUGCAGACCUAUUCCCAUGAGGUCUCACUCACCGCUGACUCAAGGAAGAGUCACCUGAUCUUCCCACAGCCCAACUAUGCGGACACGCUCAUCAGCCAGGAGAGCUGUGGGAAAAGCGAGCCUCUUUUGCUACAGGAAGAUUCAGGUUUUUGUAAAGAGGAAGACUCCCUUGUUCAGGUGAGAUUAUUGCUUUAA